CAAUACCACAUGUCAGUUGAAUAAGUAGAUAGCAACAAAAUAUCCGACCUUCCUUGCGAAAAACAUAAAAAACAAAAAUCUGACUUUUUCGAGUAUUAUCCAAAAACUCUAUUCAUCGAUCUAGCAACUCUAGCUAUAUAAUCAAAAUUCAUAAUCAAAAUUCGUAAUCAAAAUUCGUAAUCAAAAUCAUCAAAAUCAGCUAGGAUUACGAUGGGUAGAUUUUCAAAAUGGACAGCAAUUAUGAUAGCAAUUUCAAUAUGUUUGCUAUUAUGUUUCAGUCUCAAAGAUCCUCCAUUGCAAGGUUUUACCAGCCCACGAAGCCAUUACUGGGAUAAAUUAAAGCUCCCGCUUUUUUCGGACCGUUUUUCUCUCUUGUGGCCUUCUUCUCAACAUAUCCAGGGAAAUGGUGUUCAAGGAAUCCCUAAUGAGGGCAAUGUAGCACUGGAAAGAGAAAGCAAGGUGAUUGAAGCAGCGGAGGAGAGCUUAGAGAAGACUAAAAUGAUGAUCGAGGAUUCUGCGAAAACUGUCGCGGAUAUGGUUGGCGACGCCGUGCACAAGACGAAGGAUAUAGCGAAGGAGACCUUCUCCAAACCUACAUUAGCGUCUCAGCAUCAAGAUGAGCUUUAAUACCCUAUCGUACACUUUUAUACGCAUGUGCGGAUAAAAUACCCUAGACCUUACUAAGGGUGCUACGUACAUACCGACCUAGAUGAACGUUACCGAGGGAGCUAAUUUGUGCAAGGUGCUGGGUUUUAUCGAACUCGGGCCGGUCUUCCUCUUCAUACUGGUAGAAAAAUGUAAAACUGAUUCAUUUGAGGUGUUUAAAAAAACGCCCCAAAUGUAAACACAUUCAUUUACGGCCCUCCCAUUAGCAGCGAGGCUAAGAACGACGCUAAAGAAUGUAAAAGUGACAUCUCGAUCUAAAGAAUAUUUCGUUAUAAACUAUACUUUGAAUUAUAAAAAGCGUAAAUACAUAAAUUAGAUUAGGACGAGACCUUCUCCAAACCUACAUUAGCGUCUCAACAUCAAGAUGAGCUUUAAUACCCUAUCGUACACUUUUAUACGCAUGUGCGGAUAAAAUACCCUAGACCUUACUAAGGGUGCUACGUACAUACCGACCUAGAUGAACGUUACCGAGGGAGCUAAUUUGUGCAAGGUGCUGGGUUUUAUCGAACUCGGGCCGGUCUUCCUCUUCAUACUGGUAGAAAAAUGUAAAACUGAUUCAUUUGAGGUGUUUAAAAAAACGCCCCAAAUGUAAACACAUUCAUUUACGGCCCUCCCAUUAGCAGCGAGGCUAAGAACGACGCUAAAGAAUGUAAAAGUGACAUCUCGAUCUAAAGAAUAUUUCGUUAUAAACUAUACUUUGAAUUAUAAAAAGCGUAAAUACAUAAAUUAGAUUAGGACGAGACCUUCUCCAAACCUACAUUAGCGUCUCAACAUCAAGAUGAGCUUUAAUACCCUAUCGUACACUUUUAUACGCAUGUGCGGAUAAAAUACCCUAGACCUUACUAAGGGUGCUACGUACAUACCGACCUAGAUGAACGUUACCGAGGGAGCUAAUUUGUGCAAGGUGCUGGGUUUUAUCGAACUCGGGCCGGUCUUCCUCUUCAUACUGGUAGAAAAAUGUAAAACUGAUUCAUUUGAGGUGUUUAAAAAAACGCCCCAAAUGUAAACACAUUCAUUUACGGCCCUCCCAUUAGCAGCGAGGCUAAGAACGACGCUAAAGAAUGUAAAAGUGACAUCUCGAUCUAAAGAAUAUUUCGUUAUAAACUAUACUUUGAAUUAUAAAAAGCGUAAAUACAUAAAUUAGAUUAGGACGAGACCUUCUCCAAACCUACAUUAGCGUCUCAACAUCAAGAUGAGCUUUAAUACCCUAUCGUACACUUUUAUACGCAUGUGCGGAUAAAAUACCCUAGACCUUACUAAGGGUGCUACGUACAUACCGACCUAGAUGAACGUUACCGAGGGAGCUAAUUUGUGCAAGGUGCUGGGUUUUAUCGAACUCGGGCCGGUCUUCCUCUUCAUACUGGUAGAAAAAUGUAAAACUGAUUCAUUUGAGGUGUUUAAAAAAACGCCCCAAAUGUAAACACAUUCAUUUACGGCCCUCCCAUUAGCAGCGAGGCUAAGAACGACGCUAAAGAAUGUAAAAGUGACAUCUCGAUCUAAAGAAUAUUUCGUUAUAAACUAUACUUUGAAUUAUAAAAAGCGUAAAUACAUAAAUUAGAUUAGGACGAGACCUUCUCCAAACCUACAUUAGCGUCUCAACAUCAAGAUGAGCUUUAAUACCCUAUCGUACACUUUUAUACGCAUGUACGGAUAAAAUACCCUAGACCUUGCUAAGGGUGCUACAUACGGGCCUAGAUGAACGUUACCAAAGGAGCUAAUUUGUGCAAGGUGCUGGGUUUUAACGAACUCGGGCCGGUCUUCCUCUUCAUACCGGUAGAAAAAUGUAAAAUUGAUUCAUUUGAGGUGUUAAAAAAAACGUCACAAAUGUAAACACAUUCAUAUAUUUACGGCCCUCCCGUUAAAAACGAGGCUAUGACGUCACUAAUGAAUGCAAAAGUUAUGCCUCUUUUUCUACUAGUAUCAAUAAGAAGAUUCGUAAUUUUUGUUGAACAUUUUUUAUUCGUCUAUACAAUUACUAUCCAGAUAUAGCUAUCCCAAUAUAAUCGAUCAGUACAAUCCAAAUAUAGCUAUCCAGUCAAUUGUUCGGAUGGAAAGAACUUGUACGACCACGUAGCUCAGACGGAAAAAACUCAAGCUAGCUAGGCGAUGUACACCAUGUAUGGGUGUCACUGGAACUAAGUUUUAAGGGAGACUCGUUGCCCUAAGUAAGCGAGGAUGGAGGGAUGUUUAGCGGGUGCGAGAUUUUGAGUUGAACCCGCCCCAUACUCGUCUCUCCUCCCAGGCCAUCCCCUUUCGCUCUGCCCCAUCCCCACUCGGCCUGGUUCAUAGCGUCAACCUGACCCGAAUGUCCUUUCCUAUGUGAAUUAAAAUUUUAAAAAGAUCUAAAUUAAGUUUAAGAUAUUUUUUUUGUGUUUGGAUUUAUUUGUAGGUGAUCAUAAUAUAAUUUUUUUUCUUUGUUAUGGAAGAU